AUGUAUUUAAAUGGCCCCCCAUCACCGACAAUGAGCAGCAUUAGUAAAAAGAGGAAUAGGCUCUCCUUCGUUUGUCAAGCCUGCAGAAAAGCCAAGACCAAGUGUGACCAGGAGAAACCUCGAUGUGGCAGAUGCAUCAAACAAAACUUGUUUUGUAUAUACGAUGUUGCCAGACAAAAGGCCCCUAGAAACCCAAAUAAAGAUGCUACCAUAGCGAGAUUGAAGAAGGAGAUUCGCUACUGGAGAAACAAAACCGUGGACCUGACACAAGAGAAGAAAGAUUUCUACACGGCAUUAAACAGAUCAACCGAGGAACCGAGCAAAAGUGUUAAAAGGAUGGGCAAAAGCUCUCUAAAUAACACCUUUCCAAUAAGUCUAUAUAAGACCCAUCCCAGAUUGAUUAUGACCAAGGUAAUGAAAAGGGAGAUCAACCCUUUGUCAGAGAAAUACUUGAUAUUUCAAGAUACAUUUCUCAAAACCCUAAUUGCUUCUGUACUUUUGAAUUCGUCCAGAAAUUCCAUGAUCCCUGCUUUAAAUGCCGAUAUCAGUAGCUCGAGGACACAACCAUGCGUGAGAAAUAAUGUAGUGAAAAUGAGGGAUGUUCUUUUGAAAAAUUCGAAGUACGAAUCACAAAGAAAGUCCAUCAAUCAGUUUACUGAUAGGCUUUUACAGAAAAAGGAUCCAGAAGAACAAGCGGCGAUAAAUAAUGUGAUUUCUUUGCUCUACAGUAACAAUGAAUCAUCAUAUCUGGAGGAUACAUGCUCUUCCGAAAACGAUUAUUCUGAUUUAUUGAAAAACUACAUUACCGAAAUCGAAAAGACAAUCCCCCCAAAGGCCAUUACAGAACUAUACGUUUCUCAUUUUUUUGAGCAUAUUUAUCAUUUAAUACCUUUUGCAAACAAAGAAAUGUUUGAAGAGUCUAUUCAUAUAACUGUACAGUAUGACGAAUUCGAGAAGGUACGGUUGUCCAUGGGGACAACUCUCUUGCGAAAUAAAAUGGAAAAUUUAUGCAUUUUACUAUUAAUACUGAGAAUAUCUUAUAUCUCUUUGAAGUUUAUAGAAGAAAAGAUUGAAGACUACAGCCCUUAUAUCACUAAAAAAAUGUUAGAGCAAUAUCCCAUACAAAGCAAAAUAAUUUUCUUAUCGCAGCAGAUACUUGCAUCUGAAAACUGGUGUGCGUGCGCUAAUGAGAACACUAUUUCAUGCUUACUUUAUAUUUGGUCGGCAUUUGUUUUCUCCCCAACUGAGGGUGACUUUUUAUUAGAGCAACCAUCCGAUAUUAUUAUCAACCUUGUAAUUAUAAUAGGGACGUCCAUUGGAUUACACCGUGAUCCGUCCGACUUUCCAGCCUUGAAUCAUCCCGAAGUCUCAGACAAAAGGCUGCUAAAUUUAAGAAGAAUACAAUGGCUAUCAAUUAUUUCUAUGGCAUCUCUGGAGUCGAGUUUAAAAGGUAGGCUAUUGGUAUCUCCCCUUUCUAUGAUUGAUCUUUUCAUAAAUGUUCGAGAUCCAAAUUGCGUAGAAAUCUAUAAAGGAAGAGUCAAGAAGGAUUUAACAGGUUCCGAAUCAGAUGAACAACUGCUAGAAAUUCAUGAAGUAUUUUUCUACCGAGCUCAGUUGGCACUAUUCUUAUCUGAUUUGAACAAUAUAACUAUAUCAUACAGUGGUUCAGUCCCAAUGGAUACGUUAGAAACCUUGCGUAUUAAAGCCAAUGAGCUGUUAAGGAACAAAUUUCAAUUAAGGAAUGUGGAUAUAAAUAUCUCCGAUGAAGAGAGGACGUUUCAGAAAUUGAGCUUUAAUUCAGUUUUGAACUCAAUAAGUCUGUCAGGUCAAAUUUUAGGUAAACUGAUGAUGCUAAGAGCUUCAAUAGCCUUGAUGUUAUAUUUCGAAACACUUGCAAUGGAAAGAAGCGAAUGUUUGCCUUUCUUUUACAAAUAUUUUUUUCAAUGUUGUGCAGAUACCAUUUCUUUGAUGAGAUUUUUUUUGUUAUAUUUCAAUGGCAGUUAUGAGAAAGUUCUUUCAUCUCUAGUGUGCUGUAUCACCACAAAAGUUAUACAAGUUGCAGUUCCCACCACAAUGUUCACCCUAUUAGUGAUUAUAAUGAGAGCGGAAUUGGCCAAGAAUAUGCUACUGAUAAAAUGUAACGAAUGCAAUGCCCGAGGAGACAUUAAUAACCUCCCCGAAAUUAAGGAAAAAAUCAAGUUCUUAGAUAUUAUCAAAGACAACUUCGAGAAACUUUUAUUAGAGGUAUAUCUUCUUGCCUCCCAACACCUGAGGUUCAAAUAUUUUUACAUUUUCAAAAUGCUUACCUUAUUUGAUGUAUUCAUCCAACGGUUAAGGAAAGGUCAGCUAUUUUCAGGAUUGUUUGUAAAAGUGAACAAAGAUCAAACUACGAAAAAAAUUGCCACAAUGCUGGAGUUAACUCUUGGUAUAAAUCUGGACAAGUCUGACCAUUUAAUCGAUAGAUUAAAAGGCAAAAAUCCUACUGUUAACUUUAGCCUUAACCAACUAAACCAAAUUCUCAAGGAGUUUGAUAAAAUAAGAAACAUUGGCACUACUGAUCCACACAAUUCUCUUAAUCUAUCAAAGCCGAACAUAAAGGAUAAUACACCCACAAUAGAGCUUUUACUCAACUCCACAAUGGAGAAACACAGUAAUGCACCAUCCUCAAGUUACUCAAAAGAAGCCGCUACCCUGGGUGGUACCUCGACUCGUGUGCCGGCGCAUAAUAGCGGUAACCACAGUGACGGUGAAAAAUUACCCUCUUUAACUUAUUCGAGUGAAAAUAGCUGUGAUGCACCUAACCUAAAUUUUGUCGCAGAAAACAAAGGCUAUAAUUCCAACGAUGCCAAUGCUAAUAAUGAUACCGCCGAUAGUGACAACACCAAGUCUUCUAGCAAUUUCAAGAGGCGCAACGACGCUCCUAUGCCUUCUUUGGAUGGAUUAAUGGAUGUCCCAGACAUCUUUGGCAGUCUUGAUUUCUUUGAUUAUGACCUUCUUUUUCAGAAUGACUAG